AUGAGGCCCCAUCUAUCUGCUGUCUUUCCCUUCAUCAAGAUGUCUUGGAACGGCGGAGGUGACGACUUCGGCGGCGGCGGUUUUAGUGCUGCAGACAACGACUUUGGAGGAGGCGGUGGUGGCGGUGUUGCCUCUGGAGGCUACGAGAGCAACUUCGGCGACAGCUUUGGCGGUGCUGAGGGCGGUGGCGGAGGAGGUGACCGCCAGUGCUUCAACUGCGGUGAAGUUGGCCACAACAAGGCUGACUGCCCUCAGCCUCCUGCUCCGGUCGAGUGCCGCUACUGUCACAAGGAGGGCCACUUCGCCAAGGAGUGUCCCAACAAGGGCCCUGCUCGCUGUGGCAACUGCAAGAAGGAGGGUCACUUCAUCGCCGACUGUCCUGAUCCUCUGGUCUGCCCCCGCUGCAAGGGUUCUCACAUGCUCAAGGAGUGUCCCGAGCCCAUGAAGUGCUACCACUGUGACGGUGAGCACAUGGCUAAGGAAUGUCCCUCCUAUGUCGCUACCUGCAAGAACUGCAGCGAGACUGGCCACACUGCCACUGAGUGUCAGAAUGCUCGCAAGGUCGACCGCAGCCACCUUCCUGACAUGACCGGUGAGGAGGCUUGGAAGCUUUUGGAGCAGGCCAUCAAUGACAGGGAUAUGGACGAGGUCAAGGAGAAGAUUCAGAUCUACGCCAAGGCCCAGCCUACUACCACCUUUGUCGAGAUUGAGAAAGCCCUCCGCUCUCAGGGCUACGGCCUUUACCUGAUUCCCAAGGAGCGUACGAAUCUGUCAAUUACCUUGACCAACAUGGAUCUCCAGGGAAACCUCUACAAGAAGUACACGGUGAACUACCGCUUCUCGGACAAGCCUAUCCGCGCGGCUGAGCGAGAGGGCUGGCCCGAGAGCCACGAGGUCGUGAUGGAGCGACUAGCCGAUGCUGGUGACAUUGUUCCGGUGGGCAAGCCCAAGUGUAGCAAUUGUGCGAAGCUUGGUCACAUCAGCAAGGAGUGCCCCGAGGAUAAGAUGGAAGCAGACAAGAUCGUCGUGAAGUGUUACAACUGCGACGAGGAGGGCCACCGUGUCCGCGACUGUCCUACCCCCCGCGUUGACAAGUUCGCCUGCAAGAACUGCGGAAAGGGUGGUCACAAGGCUGCUGACUGCACUGAGCCUCGGGAUGCUUCCAACGUGGAGUGCCGCAAGUGCAACGAGAUGGGACACUUCUCCAAGGACUGCCCUACCGGUGGUGGUGGCUCGAGCGGUUGCCGCAACUGUGGCGAGGAGGGUCACAUGGCCAAGGAGUGCGAUAAGCCGAGAGACAUGUCCAAGGUCCAGUGCCGCAAUUGCGACGAGUACGGACAUACCAGCCGCGAUUGCCCCAAGCCCCGUGACUAUUCCCGCGUCCAGUGCCAGAACUGUCAGGAGUACGGCCACACCAAGGUCCGCUGCACAAAACCUCGCGUUGAUGAGGAUGGCGAAGCCGGUGCCGGUGCCGAUGGUGGUGGUUUCGACCCUGUUGACGCCCCUGCCGAUGUUGGUGCUGGCGGCGCGGGCUGGGACAACAGCGCCGGCGGUGCUGGUGGUGAGGACUGGAACAACAACCCAAGUGGUGGAUGGUAACUCAGUUGCUCUUGUCUGGCAGCUCGGGUUGACCCUUCUGCGAUGACAUUCGAGGUAACUGUGAUACCUCUGGGCUUCCACGGCCGAUCUUUGCGAAACUGCGUUCCUUCGUCUGGGACAUGGCAUAUGGAGGGAUGUGCUAAUGAUUGUGGACUUCUGGCAGCUUCUCGGGUCUUUUUGUAGCAGUUGAAAUGGGUGGGGAAAAAAGGCAAACAGAACCCGAGUGAAGCAAGAAAGACCAGAUAUCAUCCGCUGAGAUAGCCUUCCAAGAAAUGAGACGUGAUCUCCUGAAACCACCCACUAGCCUCAAGGCCUUCGCUUCAUGUGUCAAAUCACUCAACAGUU